GCUCACCCAUCCUGAAACCGCAUUUCAAAUGUUUCUUCUCCCUCUACACAGGCACGGUUCAUGAUCUUAUUCCCAAAUUAGGGUUUUAUUCUGCAAUGGUGGCAGUGAUGAUGGCCACGAACACGAGGGAAAAGCUCGCGAGUUUGAUAAACUCGGUCGAGUCGGCCUCGGAUAUACCGUCUAAGCUCGAACCCUUGCGCCAAUUGAAGCAAGAUUUGCCCCAACAGGACCACGUCUUGCUCUCGGAGUUCCUGCCUCUCUUUUUCGAGCUCAAGUCCGACCGGUUCAGUCCGGUUCGUAAGCAUGUUGCAGAGAUUAUUGGUGAAAUUGGACUUAAGCAUGUGGAAUUCUUACCUGAAAUUGUGCCUGAGUUGAUUGCUGUUUUGAGUGACGGUACACCGGCUGUUGCACGACAAGCCAUCGCUAGUGGGAUCGAAUUGUUUCGUUCUACUCUUGAAAAAGUCACAAUUCAGGGUCUAUAUGCAAGUGAGUUGGACAGUGCCCUUGAGUCAUCAUGGGCGUGGAUGUUGAAAUUCAAGGACAAAAUAUACUCAAUAGCUUUUCAGACGGGAAGUGGUGGGACAAGGUUACUGGCACUGAAGUUUGUUGAAGCAGUCAUUCUUCUUUACACACCCGAUCCUAAUGGCUCUUUAGAGCCCCCUCCUUAUGAAGGAAAGUGUGUGCAAUUUAAUAUAUCUUGGAUACGUGUGGGUCACCCUUUGCUUAAUGUUGGAGAUUUGUCAAUUGAGGCCACUCAGAGUUUGGGUCUAUUGCUUGAUCAACUCAGGUUCCCGACAGUGAAAUCUCUUAGUAAUGCAGAAACCAUUGUGCUCAUUAACAGUUUCUCGGCAAUUGCAAAACAAAGGCCUGCAUUCUAUGGACGGAUUCUGCCAGUUUUACUUGGUUUGGAACCCUCGAGCUCUGUGAUCAAUGGAAUGCAUGUUUCUGCGGCACAUCAUGCUUUGAAAAAUGCCUUCCUCACCUGCUUGAAAUGUACACACCCGGGUGCUGCUCCGUGGCGGGAUCGUUUGGUUGGUGCCUUGGGGGAGAUUAAACCCAUAGGGUUGGCGGAACAGGCUCUUCAACAAGGUUGCAAGUCUAAUGGAAGUCUAGGCGAAGGGAAAGAAGAUUCACCAGUUAUUAUGGAAGAGAAACCCACAAUUAAAGCAUGUGAUGCUGUGGACAGUAAUUUGGGGAGAAAAAGAUCUGGAUCACCGGACGGCAGUGAUCUGGCUGAAGAUGAAGAUGUGGCAGAAAAACGAGCAAGACCAUCACCUAGUGUCUCAGAGGAAUCGACUAGAGAGUUGGAUAAGAAAAUCACAACACCUCAGGAUGACAUUCCUUCAACUCGUCCAAACAUUUCCAGAGGAGAUGGUGAUUCUGGGCCUGUGCAGCAGCUUGUUGCUAUGUUUGGUGCAUUGGUUGCUCAAGGUGAAAAAGCUGUUGGCUCUUUGGAGAUUCUUAUCUCAAGUAUCUCUGCUGACUUGCUAGCUGAGGUAGUGAUGGCUAAUAUGCGUUACCUGCCUCCCAAUCGUUUCAAAGCUGAAGAAGAUGAAGAUUCGCUGCUGAACAUGACUAUUUAUGGCAGUGAUACUCAAGCUAAAUAUCCUCCAUCGUUUAUAGCAAAUGUUCUGUCACUUUCUAGUACUUUCCCACCAAUAGCCUCAUUGUUAGAUGCUCAACAGUCUGCAUCCAGCGAUAUAGUGAAACCUCAUGACGAGGAAGAACUUGUGGCUGUAGCUGAUACAGAUCUUGAAUGUGCUGGUAUGGACCAUGGAUCUGAUAAUGCAAUUUCGCCCACUGGUUUACUAGCUUCUUCUGAUGUUGUUUCAUCUGGAAUGGAGAAAGGCUGCUUUCCUAUUCCAUCUGAUAUCCAUGAUGUGGAGAAUCUAGAGAGUGAGAUACCUGGCCUGGAUUCUUCUGCGCAUACUGAUGGAUUGUCAGAGACUUUGGUUGCUUCCUCUUUGGCCUCUACUGAUUUAGAAGAAGCCAGUCAAGAGCAAGUUACAAGUUUGGGUCAGUCACCAGUGAAUUUACUUCCAUCAAUGUCUACGGACAAGUCUGAGGAGCUUAGCCCAAAAGCAGCUGUUACAGAUGUCACUAGCCUGGUCUCGUCAACAGCAACUUCUGUUGGGUUGUCUUCUCAUUUUGUCUUGCCCAAGAUGGCAGCACCUGUUGUUUACCUUGAUGAUGAACAGAAGGAUCAUUUGCAGAAAUUGGCUUUUAUGCGUAUUGUUGAGGCAUAUAAGCAAGUAGCAGUUGCUGGAGGUGCACAAAUCCGCUUUUCACUUCUUGCAAAUUUAGGGGUUGAGUUUCCCUCAGAGUUGGAUCCCUGGAAACUGUUACAGACGCAUAUAUUGGAAGAUUAUAUGGGUCAUGAGGGGCACGAGUUGACAUUGCGUGUCCUCUACAGGUUAUAUGGCGAGCAAGUAGAGGACCGCGACUUCUUUUCUUCUACAAAUGCAGCUUCUGAAUAUGAAAAAUUCCUUCUUACUGUGGCGGAAACACUUAGAGAUUCUUUCCCACCUUCAGACAAAUCAUUAAGUAGAUUGCUUGAUGAAGCUCCUGAUCUGCCAAAGUCGGUUUUAAAAUUAUUAGAGUCCAUGUGUUCUCCUGGAAACUGUGACAAAGCUGAUGAGUUACAAAGUGGGGAUCGGGUUACCCAAGGUCUCAGUGCCGUGUGGAGAUUGAUUAUGCUGAGGCCUCUCAUUCGAGAUGUGUGCUUGAAAAUUGCUUUACAGAGUGCAGUCCAUCACUUGGAGGAAGUGCGUAUGAAGGCAAUACGUCUGGUGGCAAACAAGCUGUACCCUUUAUCAUCCAUUGCUAAACAAAUUGAGGAUUUUGCAAAGGAAAUGUUGCUCUCUAUAAUAAGUGAUGAUGCAACAGAAAGAACAGAUAGUGAAGGCCCAGUCACUGAAUCACAGAAGUUUUCUGAUCUGGAAAAACAUGUCGAUGAACAUGUGUCAGUGAGUGCCAACAGUAAAGACAUUUCCUCUGAUACUCUUCAAUCGGGCAUGUGUCAAACUGUGUCCUCCCAUUCAGUCUCCGAGGUCCAGCGGCACAUGUCACUGUAUUUUGCGUUGUGUACCAAGAAGCACUCCCUUUUUCGCCAAAUAUUUGCUAGCUAUAUGAGCAUGUCAAAGACAGUUAAGCAGACGGUUCAUCGCCAGAUCCCAGUACUAGUCCGUACUAUGGGCUCUUCAUCAGAUCUUCUUGAAAUCAUUUCAGAUCCUCCAAGUGGAAGCAAGAACCUACUAAUGCAGGUUUUGCAUACACUGACAGAUGGGACGGUUCCCUCUUCAGAAUUAUUAUUUACCGUUAGGAAGUUAUAUGAUUCCAAAGUAAAGGAUUUAGAGAUUCUUAUUCCGAUAUUACCAUUCCUAUCAAAGGACGAGGUUAAGCUGAUUUUUCCCCAUGUUGUGAAUCUUCCACCAGAUAAGUUCCAAGCAGCACUUGCUCGCAUAUUACAGGGAUCAUCUCAUUCUGGUCCAGUGCUCACUCCAGCUGAAGUGUUAAUUGCUAUCCAUGCGAUUGAUACCGACAGAGAUGGAAUUCCCUUGAAGAAGGUCACGGACGCAUGCAAUGCUUGUUUUGAGCAGAGGCAAAUAUUCACCCAACAAGUGCUUGCAAAGGUUUUGAAUCAGUUGGUUGAGCAGAUUCCUCUUCCUUUAUUGUUCAUGCGGACAGUGCUACAAGCCAUAGGUGCUUUCCCAGCGCUGGUGGGUUUUAUAAUGGAGAUCCUGUCUCGUCUUGUGAGCAAGGAGAUUUGGAAAUACCCAAAGUUGUGGGUAGGAUUCAUGAAGUGUGCACUCCUGACAAAGCCUCAGUCAUUCAGCGUGUUGCUUAAGCUACCUCCAGCACAGCUAGAAAAUGCAUUGACUAGAACUGGAGCACUAAAAGCACCUUUGAUUGCUCAUGCUAGCCAACCCAACAUCCGAUCUUCACUUCCAAGAUCUGUCUUGGUGGUUCUGGGAAUUGCACCAGAUUCACAAACUUCAAGUCAGGCACAAACAACGGGAGUUGCCCCAGAUUCUCAGAAUUCAAGCCAGCCGCAAACAAGUGAAGCUCAGACUGGACAUACAAGCAACUCAGAUAAUGUGGUGACAGAGAAAUCUAAAGAAUCAUCUGGGGCCACCUGACUUCACAAGAAGCUAAUUUUAAGAGUCUGAUUCCGCAUUUCAAUUUUGACAUUGCUUACCUUACCGGAUGUGUCCCUAACUUAGCCAAUUGGGUCACCCCGAGCUCCCAUAGCCACGGCCUCUACGCUCAAAUCUCACUCUAAAUUAGUGGAGCACGAAGACGAGACUUAUGUAUGUUGUAUUACUACACUGUCAGCAACACAACCCCGGAGUGCCUUGUACAAAGAAAUUGCAGAAUUUAGGAGGCAUGUUCAACAUUGUACGAUGCGAUGAAAUUUUGUAAAUGAAAAUACAUGUGGUUCUUUUCUUUUUAGAUUUUAGACACCUCUUCUAGUUUUUUGUACGAAGGCUUUGCCUUUUUUUCUUUAAUAAAUUAUUAUUCAUUAAAAAAAAUAUAUAGUUUUAUUAU